AUGGCAAAUCCCAACAACUUCACUUAUUUCACCAGAAAGUCUCUUACCAAAGAAUACAGAGCUGACAGAAAGAAAGAUGAGGAGGAAGAAGCACUGGAGCCAAGUAGUGACUUAGAAGCAGGUGAACAGCUAGCAUUUAUUUAUGGAGAUGUUCCUAUAGAAAUGAUGUCAGAGCCCUUGGAAGACCUGGAUCCAUACUACAGGGAUAAGAAAACUUUCUUAGUAUUGAAUGAAAGGAGAACAAUCUUCAGAUUCAAUGCCACUUCAGCCUUAUAUGUGUUAACUCCUUUCAAUCUGAUUAGGAGACUAUGUAUUAAGGUUUUAAUAAACUUCCUAUUCAACAUGUUUAUCAUGGGCACCUUUUUCAUCAACUGUAUAUUUUUGACAAUGUAUACAUCUCCACCCUGGAUAAAGUCUCUAAAGUUACCUUUCCUUGGACUUUAUACUUUUGAAAUAAUUAUAAAAAUUUUGGCAAGAGGCUUCUGUAUAGGACCUUUCACAUUCCUUAGUGAUCCUUGGAAUUGGUUUGAUGUUCCUAUUCUUACAAUGGCGUAUUUGAGACUAUUUGUAGACCUGGGCAAUGUUCCAGCUCUUGGAAUUUUCUCUGUGUUGAGAAUUAUGAAAGCUGUUUCUCUAAAUAUAGGUAAGAAAUCAGUUGUAGGAACACUGACUCAGUCAAUAAAGAUGUUUCAACAGACAGUAAUGCUGAUUUUAUUUUGUCUGAGUGUCUUUGCUGUCAUGGGAAUGCAGCUAUUUAUGGGAAAACUGAAGCAGAAAUGCGUGCAGUGGCCUAGAGGAGAGGGAAAUAUCACCGAGAUACCAUGGGACAGUGAAGACUAUUUUUAUUAUUUGGAAGGACAAAAUGAUGCUCUCCUUUGUGGUAACAGCUCAUAUGCAGGUGACUGUCCAGAAGGAUAUAUGUGUAUGAAAGCUGGCAUGAAUCCUGACCAUAACUAUACCAGUUUUGAUCAUUUUGGUUGGUCUCUAUUGACUCUAUUUAGAAUAAUGACUUUGGACUACUGGGAAAAUCUUUACCAACAAAUCCUACGUGCUGCUGGGAAGACCUAUGUGGUAUUUUUUAUUGUCAUGCUUUUAUUCUGCUCCUUUUAUCUGGUGAUUUUGAUCCUUGCUGUGAUCAUUCUGGCUUAUGAAAAACAGAAUCAAAUAACUAUUAAAGCUGUGAACAGAAGACAGAUAAAAUAUCAGGCAAUGUCAUAUCGGCAGAAAAGAAAAAUAAAGCAAACAAUGGUAGCAGAAGAAAUAGCUGAAGAUGAAAGAGUUGGUGAUGAUCUAAAUAUAACACAUCCAGAGAAUUCUUCUGAAACAUCCCAGUGUAUCUCAAACAAUGCCAACGUGAGAAUGGACCAAAGGAAGAAAAAGAAUCAAGAAAACCAGCCCGAUAGAGAGGAAAAAGAAGUUGACCUGAAAUUGCAUCUAUUUGAAACAGAAGACUACAUCCGAAAAAAAAUUUGCCUUCACAGUAUUAAAAAUCAGAGAUUGACAAACAAAAGCGAGUUAUUUUCUCCCCAGCAGGGAAGAACUGCAAAGAAAGAGCAGAAGGAAAGACAAGUAAAUUUUUGCUGUGCUUCUAAGGAUGUAUUGGAUGAUCCAACUAUCAGGAAUAGAGUAAUGGGAAAAAACAAUAUAUUAAACAAGAUGGAAAGAAUUGAUGACUCCAGAACUACAUGUACAAAUUGGUGGCACAGAUUUGGUACCACAUAUAUGAUUUGGAAUUGCUCUACACCUUGGAUAAAAUUCAAAGAUUUUAUCUCUGCAAUUGUAAUGGAUCCAUUUUUUGACUUAGCCAUUGCCAUCUGUAUUAUUAUUAACAUCACUUUUAUGGCCACGGAGCAUUAUCUAAUGACUAAGAAAUUCUACGAUGUGCUCUCUGUGGGAUACUUGGUCUUUAUUGGGAUAUACAUAGCGGAAAUGUUUUUGAAAAUAAUUGCUCUACAACCAUAUAAUUAUUUUCAAAGAGGCUGGAACGUAUUUGAUACCUUUAUUGUUAUACUUGCUUUAGCAGAUGUGUGUAUGAAAGUGGUGGAUGGUUUAUUACUUUUCUCAUGGUUCAGACUGCUGCUGGUUUUCAAAUUGGCAAAAUACUGGCCAACCUGGGAAAAGCUGAUAAAGAUAAUUAAUUACUCUGUAGAUGCCCUUAAAGGCUUAUUUUUGGUUUUGUUUAUCACCAUGUUCACGUUUGCAGUGGUUGGCAUGAAAUUAUUUGGUCAAGGCUGCCAAGAAUGUCUCUGCAAGACUGAUGGUGACUGUCCAUUUAAACACUGGCACAUGCAUGACUUUUUUCACUCCUUCCUGCUGAUGUUUCGAGUGCUCUGUGGUGAAUGGAUAGAUUCUAUGUGGGACUGUAUGAAUACUUACGGCCGAAAGGAAUGCCUUAUCUUUUUUGUGGUGGUUAUCAUUAUUGGAAAAAUGCAGUUACUGGUCCUCUUUGUGGCAUUGUUGAGCUCAUUCAGUCCAGAGAACUUUGCAGCAAUCCAAGUGAGCCCUGAAUCCAAUAAUCUCCAGCUUGCAAUGGCAAGGAUUCAAAAAGGAAUAUAUUGUGUGAAACAAACUUUAUUUGACCUUGUUGCAAAAGGGUUUUCUAAGAAGCAGAUGAUUUCAAAUGCUAUCCAAGGAGAGGAAAACCUAAAUUUGGAAAAGAGGAAUUUUGCAUACAAUCAUAUAGUUAAUGACAUGAACAAAAAAAUCUGGAAGAGUCAAGAUAGACUACAUAGCAACGGAUGCCACUUGGAGAAAUAUGUGAGGGACAAAAGUAAUUUUCCUUCACUGAUUCCUAAUCCUAGUUCCUCAACAUUAGCACCAAUUGCUUUGGGAGAAUCUGAUUUUGAAAAUGUCAUCAAAGAAGUUAGGAAUGGAUUGGACAUUGACAGCAGCAAAGAGAACCUGCACCAACAUAGUUCCUCUGAAGAUAGCAUGAUUCCCAUCCUUGCCUCUGGAGAAGGAGAACAAGCAGUAAAUAAAUCUCUGAAAUCAGAUGAACCAGGGGCCUGUUUUACAUAUGGUUGUAUAAGAAGAUUCCCUUACUGUGAAGCCAGCAGGAAAUCUGGGAAAGGAAAAAUUUGGUGGAAUCUAAGGAAAACUUGCUAUCGAACGGUAAAACACAGAUGCUUUGAAAUUUCAAUAGUUUUCAUCAUCUUGCUCAGCUGCUUUGCUCUGAUCUUUGAAGAUAUAUACAUUGAAAAGAGAAAGACUGUCAAGAUUAUACUGGAAUAUGGUGACAUGAUCUUCACUUAUAUCUUCAUUUUAGAGAUGCUUCUAAAAUGGAUGGCAUAUGGAUAUAAAACAUAUUUCAGUAAUGUCUGGUGCUGGCUAGAAUUCUUAGUUGUUAAUAUCUCAUUGGUUUGUUUGGUAGCCAAUCAUUUAGGAUACUCAGAUCUUGCUACCCUAAAAUCUCUCCGGAUACUAAGAAUUCUAUCUAUAUAUGAAGGAGUAAGGGUGGUUUUACAUACUUUUUUAAAAGCAGUUCCAUCUAUCCUAGAAGCACUUCUGGUCUGGCUUAUGUGUUGGUUACUUUUUAGCCUCAUGGGAGUAAACUUGUUUGCUGGCAAGUUCUUCAAGUGCAUUAACAUCACAACUGGUGAAAGACUCUCUUGGAAUCUUGUCAUCGAUGUUUUUGAUUGUAAGAUGCUUAGCAACAGUAGUGGAGAUGUACAAUGGAAAAAUUCGAAAGCAAAUUUUGACAACAUUGGAAAUGGUUACUUUUCCCUGCUUCAAUUAGCUACCUUUCAAGGAUGGUUGGAUAUCAUACAUGCAGCUGUUGAUUCAAUUAAUGUAGAAAGACAGCCUAAAAAUGAGAGCAAUGUCUACAUGUAUCUUUACUUUGUCAUCUUUGUAAUUUUUGGGUUGUGCUUCCCCUUCAUCUUCUUCAUUCGUGUUGUCAUUAACCAUUUCAAACAACAAGUAAAGAACAUUGGUGGUCUAGGAAUCUUCAUGACAGAGAAUCAGAAGAAAUAUUACAAUAUGUUGAAAAAAUUGAGGUAUGGAAAACCCCAAAAGUCAAUACCUCGGCCUGAGAACAAAUUCCAGGGAUAUAUAUUUGACUUAAUCACAAAGGAAGCUUUUGAGAUCACCAUCAUAGUACUUAUCUGCCUUAAUACAAUGGCCAUGAUGAUAGAAACAGAUACCCAGGGUGCCUAUAAAAGAAAUAUAUUGUAUCAGAUCAACCUGGUAUUCAUUGGCCUCUUUGCUGGAGAAUAUGUGCUGAAACUCAUUGGCCUCCGCCUUUACUACUUCACCAUAGGCUGGAACAUCUUUGAUUUUGUGGUAGUCCAUCUCUCCAUUAUGGUUGUAUUACAACCUCAUUUGACAGCCAAAUAUCUCCUGACCUAUUCCCAAGUGCAAGUAAUCCGUCUCAUCAGGUGUGGACGAGUCCUGAAUUUCAUUAAAGGAACCAAGGUCUUGGGCCCACUAAUUCAUGCUCUCAUGCUUUCCUUUCCUACUUUAUUGAAUAUUGUACUUUUGCUUCUCCUAAUCAUGUUUAUCUAUGCUAUUCUUGGAAUGUCCCACUUUGCAUAUGUUAAAAAGGAUGCUGGAAUUAAUGACAUGUUCAACUUUGAAACCUUUGGCAACAGCAUGCUUUGCCUCUUCCAAAUUACCACAUUUGCUGGUUGGAACGGGAUGCUGGAACCAGUUCUUAAUACUGGUCCCCCAGACUGUGACCCUGAAAAAAUUCACCCAGGAAGCUCUGUGAAAGGAGAUUGUGGAAGUCCUUCUUUUGGAAUUUUUUAUUUUGUGAGUUACAUCAUUAUAUCCUUUCUGGUGCUUGUAAACUUGUUCAUUGUUGUUGUUCUGGAGAUUUGCAAUGUUGUGACUGAAGAAAAUGCUCAGCUUCUGAGUGAGGAAGCUUUUGACAAUUUUUAUGAGGUGUGGAAGCAAUUUGAUCCCAAUGGCACUCAUUUCAUAGACUAUAGUCAGCUUUCUGAAUUUGCUGCUUCAUUGGAUCCUCCACUUCUUAUAGCAAAGCCCAACAAAAUCCAGCUCAUAGCCAUGGAUCUUCCCAUGGUCAGAGGUGAUCGAGUUUUUUGCACUGAUGUCUUAAUUGCUUUUACAAAGUGUGUUAUGAAAGAAAGUGAAGAGUUUAAUUGCAUCCAUUUGCCAUUGCGUAAACAGUUUCUGUCAUCAUGUCUUUUCCAAGUUUCCUAUGAACCAGUUACAACAACUCUAAAACGAAAAAAGGAGGAGGUAUCAGCUCUUGUCAUUCAGCGUGCUUUUAGACAUUUCUGCUUAAGAAAAAAUGAAUCGGGUACAUAUAUUAACAAAGGUGAAGCUAGAGAGAAACUAACUGUUAAAGAAGCCAUAGGAAUUGAUAAAGUUCCAGAGAACUCAGCUCUAGAGAAAGUAAGUUUUCUUAGCCCUUCCCCAAAUUUCCUCUCUUUGGGUAGUGUAAUAGAGCAAGACAGAGAGAAACAUGAAAUGGACCAAAUAGAAAAAGAAGACAUAGAUAAAAAUGUCAGGGAAAAGGAAAAAUAA